UUUCUGAACUGUUGUAGAACGCACACAGAACUGAAACCAAAAAAUGGGUGUAGUAGGGUUACAACACUUCACAGAGCGAGUCGGAGAUGGUAGCGGCCAACCCCUUCUCGAUGCCGACGACGGAGAGGAACUCAUGCACGUUCAGCCAUCCGUCGCCAUUGUUCUCGACAACCACCCUCCAGAGUCUCCAGGCACCCUUUACAUCUCUACCAAGCGGGUGGUGUGGUUGAACGAUUUGGAUCGGGAGAAAGGCUAUGCUGUUGAUUUCUUGUCCAUUUCUCUCCACGCCGUUUCCAGAGAUCCAGAGGCCUACUCGUCUCCUUGUAUUUAUACGCAGAUCGAGACAGAAGCUAGUGAAGAUGAGGAAUCAGAGGGCUCAGAUUCAGAAUGUAAUGAGAAUAUACAACUCUCAAAGAUCACUGAGAUGAGGCUUGUCCCAUCAGAUCCCAACCAAUUGGAUACUCUCUUUACCAUCUUCUGUGAAUGUGCCGAGCUAAAUCCCGAACCUGUUGAAGGGCAAGAGGAAGAAAACGAAUGGAUUUUCAGUGCUGAACAGAUGGUAGAUGAUGGGGAAGAAUCUGAAUGGAACUUAUCUGAGAAUCCUGCCAAUCCCAUUGGCUAUGCAAAUGGGGAUCAUGACCUAGCUCGUACGGUGCUUGAGCUUCACAUCGAUGAUCAACGGUUUGAGGAUGCAGAGGAAAUCGAACGUGAGGCCCGCAGUGGCCAUCAGUGAGCUCUAUUGUAUUGCCUCAUCACAACCAAAUUUCUUUUUUGUUCACUCCCAAAGAGUUUGAUGUAGUGGUAAAUCUUUUUUCUCUCCCUCUCUCUCUCUUUUUCUUUUUUUUUUUUGAAUAGUGAUCUAUCCAUGAUAGGCCAUGCUAGACUGAUGUUGUAAACAGAAUUUUUCUGCAAAAUAGGGUGGAAUGUAGCAUUAACUGUAUUGGAGGAGUC